UGUUUUUAGACUCCCAAUACAAUACGGAUAUACUGGGGCUUAUAAAUUAAAGUCUUUAUAGUCAGUCCUGGUUACAAAAUCUCAUUAAAUGCACAAAAUACAUAGAAGUUUUUGCGGGUUAUGUUUAACUUUAUGCUUCGUUUGUUACGUUUUACAUCGUAACAUUAGCGACCCUGAAUUAUCGGAUUAUCUUAAUGGGAAGGAUAAAAACAGUAUCAUUGAACACGAAAAUGAGAUUAAUUUAUUACGCAACAAACUAUCACAUGUGACCAAUCAAGAGCAAUCUUCAUUUCCAAAUUCUUACCAAAAUAAUAUUACCAACCAAUUAAGCCGUUGUCGGAAAUGGAAACCGAGUGACUGGCUUCUUAAAAAUGCAAAACAUCUUGCACCGCAUUUUAAAACGAGUCCUACAAGAUUUCUUUUACCAUGGCUGUAUAAUGGACCAAAUAACCAACUCCUGGGAUUAAGACAAGCUAUCUUUGUCGCACUUCAUCUUAAUCGCACUCUUGUUAUGCCGACAUUCCAAAAACAUUUCAACGACGGCAGCACUGAUGGCGAACUGAGUUAUAUUGAUGCCAAUCAUAGACUUGAUGUCCCAACAUUACAGCGGCUUAUUUCUGUCAUAACAGUAGAAGAAUACCGAAAACGUUGUGGACCGAAAGUUGAUAUUGUUUUCUUUGGUACCACUACCCAUAAUAUGCAAUGGACCGUAGACUCGCUGAAGAAUGCUGAAAAACUGUACAAUCUGGAUUUCAUAGCAGAAAAGUACAAACCACCAAACACCAUGGUUGGUGGUGACAGCAUCGUGAAAACAAGUUUUCUUCCCGCGAAAGGUUCUUCAUUCGUAUUUGAAGCAAGUCACGACAUGGUACUAUCUCAAUUUGAAUCAAGUCUUUCGUGCGCACUCUACGCCUUUCCAUUCCGAGAAUUACGUUUUGUAAAAUCAGAGAUCGAAAAUACUCAAAUCAACGCGAAGAAAUUUCUUGAAAACGGAAAAGUUGAAUCGGUACCAGGCAGUUUGCUGUACGACAUCAUCACUGAACACACCCAAUGCCCACAUUAUAUACAAGAAAUAGCAGAUGCAUACAUUGAGAAAAGAUUUAAAAACAAGGAAUAUAUUGCAUUGCAUUGGCGUUACGACAAAGAUGAUUUUUAUAAAUUUAUGUGCACGGAAGGCGGAAAUAAACAAAAAGCAAACGGUAAAGUUAGCCGAUUUUUCAAAACGUUUUGUCGGGAAAUUUUCAACAUGACAUCUUCUACACUACCACGAGGUAUUCGGGGUUUUCUGACUAAAGUUGUUAAAAAGUCGAAACAUCUGGAUCUUCCUGUUUAUGUUGCUGCACCGAGCUCGCUUACUGAGUGGAUUUCAACAGGUUUUAAACAGCAUGCAGUAGAAUUUGGGUUACUCUACUACGAUGCUCAGGAUUUAAGAGACUUUUUUCGAGAAGAAGAUUUCAUGAAUCGAUGUUCUUUUGUAAAACGCAAUGCUAAUGAUGUAAUAUCAUUGGUGGAAACGGAAAUAUCAAUCGAAAGUUCGGAACUGUAUCUGGCGCAGAUUUUUUUUGGAUCUAGACUUUCAAGUUGGACAGACAACGUAAAAGCAUCCAAGAAAUUUAAACGACGACCCAGCAGUCAACUGAAUCAAAUUGGGUGUAAUGUGGAUGUACUGGUAACAAAAUAUGCUGCUGUCGGUCUAUAGUAGUUUCGAUAGCAUUCAGCACAUAUACGCGGCUUUCCUGCUGAGGUGUUUUAUUACUUUAAUAAAAUGCGACUUUUUGGGGCUAAAUAGCAUAUUACAUUAUAGCUAUAUUUUACCAUAACAAGCUUUUGUUUGAAAAUGCUCACAGUACGCAGCGUAUGUAUUAUUUAUUUAGAUAAUGUUUGCAAACUUCUUGUGAAUUUAUCCACUCUUUUAGUGAUCGGAAGCUUGAGAUUUUACCUUUAACUUGGUGCAACAUCCACGCUUUCUGAUUUUGCUGUUGAUUCACUUCGUUUCGUUCUUUAAAUAACAUCGUUUUCGCCACCAUUUUCAAAGAGGUUAAUACAAAUUAUGUUAAACUGUG